AUGGAUCCAACUUUCAAACUGACCGUCAUUGCAAAGUUCGCAGAAGAGCGGGAUUCUUUUUUUGACGAACUCGAAGCAUUGUCUACCGGCGAUACACAAGGUCGAAAGAUUGCUGCAAUCAAAGCAGACCUGCUGCACAUGAGUAACACACUAUCUAUGUGGAAAUUUGUGCCAGACAACUCAGAUGCCGCCUUUGGCUGCUUUCCCGGAAAGUGCGAAAACCUCGCAGCCAUUAUUCCAGAAGUAGCUGACAGAAUGGCCGGUUGUCUCACUCUGCGCUUCCCCGCCGAAGAGAAGCUCAAGGUACAAGUUGAAGCUCAGCGUAGAGAAUACCAGCAACUCGAAUGGGAGUCGAGAGCCCCGGAAGAUGACAAUGAAAACCAGAGUGUUCUUCGUAGUCUCUGGAACCGGUUGUACAUCAUAAAUGAUGAGUGCGAUUGUCGCCAGUGCUUCGGCGAGCAUGUGCGGACGCUCUAG